AUGGUUUUUUUAGAAGAUGCAUCGGGAAGCGCUGGUGUGGACUUUGAUGAGAGGUUUCGGAACAAGACAUAUCAUGUUCCUUCCCUUUUCCCCAAAACCGAAGUUAGCCAGAAUGACAACAAUUCUUCUUUACUGAAAAGUUUGACAGUGUGUGGUGCAAAUAGUGGUCAGCCUCCUCCUCCUACUCCCCAUGUUGCUGCUAUUGCAGUCCUUACAACCCAGAAGAGUCAUACUUGUGAUACAUUUGCAUUCCCUCCUCCACCUCCUGGUGAUAGAAGACGAAUUGGACCACGACCAUGUCCAGUAUGUUAUGUUCCUGUAGAGCAGGCUAUUGCUAGUAUGCCGAGCUCCCCAUCACCAUCACCUGUGCUUGGUCAUUUAACUUAUUUUCGUGAAGAAAAUCCAAUAAAAAUUGAACCACAUGGAGGCUCCGAUUUUGGCGGGUAUCCUUCUCUAAAGCAGAGGAAUGAUUCUUUUAAUAUAAAAGAGUCCAUGACUGUGCAUUGUGGUUUUGUUAAAGGAUGUAGACCUGGUCACCAAACUGGAUUUGAUAUUGAUGCAGCCGAUCUUGUUGAGUUAGAGCAGUUUCAUGAUGUCAUUGUUGCAUCGGCCAUAUUUGGAAAUUAUGACAUAAUUCAACAACCAAAGAACAUAAGUGACACUGCAAGAAAAAAUAUUCCAUUUUAUAUGUUUGUUGAUGAAGAGACAGAAGCAUAUCUGAAGAAUUCUAGUCUCUUGGACAAUAACAAGAGGGUUGGAUUAUGGAGAAUUAUUGUCGUCCAUAGCAAUCCUUACACUGAUGCACGACGCAACGGAAAGGUUCCAAAGCUUCUACUACACAGGCUCUUUCCCAAUGUUCGUUUUUCUUUAUGGAUUGAUGGAAAGCUUCAGCUUGUUGUGGACCCAUAUCAGAUUCUUGAGAGGUUCUUGUGGCGCCAAAAUGCUACUUUCGCUAUAUCAAGACACUACACACGCUUCGAUGUGUUUGAAGAAGCUGAGGCUAAUAAAGCUGGAGGGAAAUACGACAAUGCUUCCAUUGAUUACCAGAUCGAUUUUUAUAAAAAGGAGGGUUUGACACCGUAUUCUGCAUCUAAGCUUCCAAUAACUAGUGGUAGGCCCAUGCCAUGUGUUUACGAGUGUGUUUUUGGCAUGUGUCUGCAACUCAAAAUUAACUUUUUCUUUAACCGAGUUUUUGCAGAUGUACCUGAAGGAUGCGUUAUUAUAAGAGAACACAUACCCAUUACAAAUCUGUUCACCUGCCUAUGGUUCAAUGAAAUUGAUCGUUUUACUUCCAGGGAUCAAUUAAGCUUUUCCACAGUAAGGGACAAAAUAAUGGCUAAAGUCAACUGGACCAUCAAUAUGUUUUUGGAUUGUGAAAGGCGGAAUAUUGUGGUUCAGGCAUACCACAGAGAUUUAUUGGAGCAAAGGACUCGUUUAGCUGGUUCCAUAAGUCAUCCUCCAUCACGACCACCACCACCACUACCUUUGGUUCGUAAUAAUAAUCCGGCUGUUAGAACUCCAGCGAAGAAAAAUCCCAUUAGACGUGGAAGAGGAGAUAAGAAAUCUGGUGCAAGACGACAUCGCAAAGUUGCUGCUGGUAAUAGGGACCACAUUUUAGUUUGA